AGAACUUCCGCUUUUUCCAGCAGAUCUGGGAAAACUGAACAUCAUCGGGAAGAAAUUAGUUAAAUUAGGAACGCCCUUGUUUGACUUAGAAGGCAAAUAGGGCUUGAAGGUAUCAUCAUCAUCUUCUUCUUCAUCUUCCUCUUCAUCAGUUGCAACGUUAACUGUAGUCUUCUUGGUUUUAUUCCCUUGAGGAUUUACCGACACUGGCUUCGACACUUUUUCAUCUUCCUGCUCCUCUUCUUGAAAUGGAGUUUCAGGCUCGCUUCCCAGCUCUUGGUCACUCUGGCUCGCAGGAUAACCGACGUCCUCUUGAUUACCGUAGACCGGUGUACCUUGUUGUUCUGGUUCUGGUUCUCUCGCAGCCUCCGCCUCAGCCUCUGCACUCAAAACAUGAGGUUGAGCAACAGGUUCUGGAGCACGCGGUAGAUAAUUUCGGCUGUGGGUUCCUGCAAGAUAUCCGCCGCUAACCGCAUUACCCUGUGCAAAUACGCCAGUCGCCUGACUACCAGUUGAGUAUCGUAUCGGCCGGUAGAAACCGGUCAGCAUCAUCGC